AUCCGGAGCUGAGACCACUCCUUCAGGGAGAAUGACUGCGGUCCGGAGGCCCAAGGCCACUGCCAACGCUUCCCCAGAUAACCCGCCAGGCUCGGACCCUCAGGCAGCCGGUACCUUCCCCCGCGGCCCAUUGAGCCGUAACUAGCAGCCAUUCUCCCGGCUUCCCUAACGCACGAAGAACACCGCCGGUGCGCGUCCCGGCCUAGUCCCCGCCCGGCAGCGCAAAGCUUACAGGACGAGGCCGCCCAUAUGCCGUCACCUCGAGGGUUCCCCACAAACCCGACUAAGUACUGUGCGGCUGACUCAGGGUUCCAACGCCCACCUGAACUCGGUCCCCAAGAAAGCUCCCAACUGCCAGCUGGCCCGCCCCUGGGCUCACAGGCCGCUCUAGCCGUGCACAGAGCCGGCAAUCUCGUUGCUCCCUGCUUGACGUCAUCAGCGAGCGCCACAGCGCGGUGGCGGGCAAGCGCAGCCGGGAAGAUGUCUCCGACGCCGCAGCUUUUCAGUUUGCCCGAAGCGCGGACGCGGUUCACGAAGUCUACCAGAGAGGCCCUGAACAACAAAAAUAUUAAGCCAUUGUUGAAUACCUUCAGCCAGUUACCUGGCAGUGAAAAUGAAAAAAAAUGUACCCUUGACCAAGCUUUCAGAGGUGUUCUAGAAGAAGAAAUUAUAAAUCAUUCAUCAUGUGAAAACGUUUUAGCUAUUAUUUCUCUUGCUAUUGGGGGAGUAACUGAAGGUAUUUGUACUGCAUCUACACCUUUUGUAUUGUUGGGAGAUGUUUUGGAUUGUCUUCCUUUGGAUCAGUGUGACACAAUAUUCACUUUUGUGGAAAAAAAUGUUGCUACUUGGAAAUCAAAUACGUUUUAUUCUGCUGGGAAAAAUUACUUACUACGUAUGUGCAAUGAUCUCCUAAGAAGAUUAUCAAAAUCCCAGAAUACAGUCUUCUGUGGCCGAAUUCAACUCUUUUUGGCCAGGCUUUUCCCUUUAUCUGAGAAAUCAGGUCUUAACUUGCAGAGUCAGUUUAAUCUGGAAAAUGUCACUGUUUUCAAUACCAAUGAGCAGGAAAGCACCUUGGGUCAGAAGCACACUGAGGAUAGAGAAGAAGGAAUGGAUGUAGAAGAAGGUGAAAUGGGAGAUGAUGAAGCUCCAACAACUUGCUCCAUUCCAAUUGAUUACAACCUGUACCGAAAAUUCUGGUCACUUCAGGAUUACUUUAGGAACCCUGUGCAAUGCUAUGAGAAGAUUUCAUGGAAGACUUUUCUCAAGUAUUCUGAAGAAGUUCUAGCUGUUUUUAAGAGUUAUAAAUUAGAUGAUACUCAGGCCUCAAGGAAGAAGAUGGAAGAAUUGAAAACAGGAGGAGAGCAUGUAUAUUUUGCAAAAUUUUUAACAAGUGAAAAGUUGAUGGAUUUACAACUGAGCGACAGUAACUUUCGUCGACACAUCCUGUUGCAGUAUCUCAUUUUAUUCCAGUAUCUCAAGGGGCAGGUCAAAUUCAAAAGUUCAAACUAUGUUUUAACUGAUGAGCAAUCACUCUGGAUUGAAGAUACUACAAAAUCAGUUUAUCAACUACUAUCUGAAAACCCUCCUGAUGGAGAAAGAUUUUCAAAGAUGGUAGAGCAUAUAUUAAACACUGAAGAAAACUGGAACUCAUGGAAAAAUGAAGGUUGCCCAAGUUUUGUGAAAGAAAGAACAUCAGAUACCAAGCCGACAAGAGUAGUACGGAAGAGAACGGCACCAGAGGACUUCCUAGGGAAAGGACCCAACAAAAAGAUUCUGAUGGGAAAUGAGGAAUUAACAAGGCUUUGGAAUCUCUGCCCUGAUAAUAUGGAAGCCUGUAAAUCAGAGACAAGGGAAUACAUGCCAACUUUAGAGGAAUUCUUUGAAGAAGCCAUUGAACAGGCAGACCCUGAAAACAUGGUUGAAAAUGAAUAUAAGGCUGUGAACAAUUCAAAUUAUGGCUGGAGAGCCCUGAGACUGUUAGCACGGAGAAGCCCUCAUUUCUUCCAGCCAACCAACCAGCAAUUUAAAAGUUUGCCAGAAUAUCUCGAAAACAUGGUAAUAAAGCUAGCCAAGGAAUUACCACCUCCUUCUGAAGAAAUUAAAACAGGUGAGGAUGAAGAUGAGGAAGAUAAUGAUGCUUUACUGAAGGAAAACGAAAGUCCUGAUGUUCGGCGAGACAAACCUGUAACAGGUGAACAAAUAGAAGUAUUUGCCAACAAACUGGGUGAACAAUGGAAGAUUCUGGCUCCCUACUUGGAAAUGAAAGACUCAGAAAUCAGACAGAUUGAGUGUGACAGCGAAGACAUGAAGAUGAGAGCUAAGCAGCUACUGGUUGCCUGGCAAGAUCAAGAGGGAGUACAUGCAACACCCGAGAAUCUGAUUAAUGCACUGAAUAAGUCUGGAUUAAGUGACCUUGCAGAAAGUCUAACUAAUGACAAUGAGACAAAUAGUUAGCUUCUUUUUUUUUUUUAUUAAAACUGUGAUGAUAAGAUUUUGUUACCAAGCAGCAUUUGAUAAGAGGUCCACUGGUUUUGGUAAACAAUAAACAUUUUUAUAACAAUUGUA